AUGUCUUCGGAUAUCCAUCAAGAGGGACAGAACUUCACGCCAAAGUGCGUCGGUUCGACAAGAGACACGUUCAAUCAUGUCACAAAAAGCGGGAGAUCGAACUUCUUCCGCAACGCAGCCUUCAGCGGCGACGGCACCACCAUAGUCACGCAGAAUGAAGACCAAUGCCUGAAAACGUUCGUCCUGCCGACAGACUUGCUAGACGAUCGUGACGAGCCUACGCAACUCAUCCCAUACGCCACCUAUCAAUCUGGCAGCAACAUCCAAAGCUAUGCUCUCUACCCACACUUCUCCCUCCACAACCCGGCAACCACCCUAGUCCUCUCCGGCAGUGCAGACGUGCCCAUCACUCUUCGCAAUGCAUUACACUACGACACCAUCCAUGGAACAUACCCCUUCGUCACUCCCACUACAGAAGAGCACCUUCCACCUCGAAGCUUAGCGUUCACCAGAGAUGGCAGGCGCUUCAUUGCAGGCAGUGUCAACGUUCUUGCCACAUUCGACUGCACCAGGACCGGUGAGGGACCGCUAAGCACGCAAAAGCUUCGACCUGGGAAGGGUCAAGUGCAGCACUUCAGUACUUGGCAGCUGCAGCGGAAGGGUAUUGUGUCGGCUAUGAGUAUCAGCAGUGAAGGCAUGCUUGCGAUUGGGACGAAUGAGCGUGAGAUUGCGUUGUUCGAGGAUGACGGCUUGGGAGAGUGCUCGACAGUCUUUGAGCUUGAAGGCCGCGGCGGUAGCGGCAUCACCGGACUGAAGUGGAGUCCUGACGGGCAGUAUCUGCUUGUUGCCGAGAGGCAGAGCGAUGUCGUGCAGGUCUUUGACAUCCGCAAUACUCAGUCGAGGGUGGCGAGCCUAGCUGGCAGGAGGGCAAAUACGCCUCAAGUACUUGGCAUCGAUGUCGUGCCAACAGCUGCUGGCUUUGAGGUGUGGGGUGGUGGGACCGAUGGAAUAGUCAGGAUGUGGAGCAAUCCUGGCUCGAAGGGAGGCGCGCAGAGUCCGGAUACAGAGAUGAAGAUGCAUGAUACAGCUGUCUCGAGUGCAGUAUGGCAUCCUUCCGGCGUGGUGAUGGCAACUUGCUCAGGUGAACGACCUUCGACGAUUGCUGAUGGCAGUGAUGAAGAACCCGACCUGUGCGAGGACUCGAUUGAUAACACGCUCCGGCUCUGGACGGUGUGA